AUGGCCACCGCCACGUUUGCGGAACCACUGCUCACCAUUUCCGCCAUGUCUCUCUUUACCGAGGACCUGGCGGCCUCCAAGGCCUUCUAUACGGAUGUUUUUGGCGCGCGCGUGCUCAAUGAGGAUGCCGAAUCGUGCGCCGUCAAGUUCAAUAACCUCAUUAUCAAUUUGCUUGCGGCUUCUGCAGGGGAGGAACUUGUGCAGCCGGCCAAGGUUGCGCCGCCCGAGGCUGGUAAGCGGUUCCAGCUGAGCAUCUGGGUGGAUGAUCUUGAUGCUGCCAUGGCGAAGCUGCGGUCCAAGGGGGUCACCUUCUUGUCGGGCCCAGAGGUGAAACCUUGGGGGUUGAAGACUGUGACGUUUGAUGAUCCGGCCGGACACAACUGGGAGAUUGCGCAGGAUGUUACCAAAUAA